CGCGCCUACCCGGGCGCGUCUGAUCGCUGAUGGAGGAACAGGCCCCCAGCUUGGAAGCCUAUCUCUCCCAGGAAACCUUCCACAGGAUCAACGUCGCGUUUCCCGGCGUACGGCUGCUCCACGAGCGACCGUACAUCUUUGCGGUCGACGACUUUGCAACUGCUGAGGAGUGCCUCGCGCUGAUCCGCCUGUUCAACGAUGAGAAUGCGCAGCCGUCCGCCACGGCGCCGUGCCAGGAGGAGCUUCGCACCAGCAGCAGCGUCUUUCCUUCUCUAGACGCGAUCUUGUGGCUGCGGCAGAGAAUCGCGGCCGCCACCAACGUGACCGACGCACAGCUCGAGCCAACCAAGAUCAGCAGGUAUCUGUGCGGGGAGUACUUCCGAAAGCACACCGACGCAUCCUUCCUCAACGAGAAGCUUUGGGCCUUUGCAGCGCGGCUGGCCGGCGUGGACGACGAGGGCGUGCAGGAGCCGUGCGGCUGGCCCUCCCGCUUCUGCACCCUCUUUCUAUACCUAAGCGACAGCCAAGAGGGAGGGAGGACGCGCUUCCGCUGGCUGGACGGCGCCGCCUUCAGGCCGCUCGACGCGCAGCGAUCGCUGGACGGCGCCGCUUCCGAGCCACUGACGGGCGGCGCCGAGGCGGCCGCAGCGCGAGCUCAGCGCGAGCUCAGCCUGACCCCGCGCGCGGGCACGGCAGUCAUCCACUUCCCGACGACCAGCCUCGCGAGCGGCUGCGUGCCUGACCCGCGCACGAUGCACGAGAGCGAGCCAGCGGGGGAGGCGACAAAGUACAUCCUGCAGCAGUUCAUCUGGCCCGUCCCGAUCGAGCCCGCAGGCGGUCGCAUGCACGAGGACGUGAGGAGGGAGUGGGCCGGCGUGCUGCGAGCCGCCGAGCCGCCUGCUGACCAAAGCGAACCGGCUGCUGCCGACCAAAGCAAGCCGCCUACCGACCAAAGCGACCUGCCCGCUGCUACUCGAAGCGACCCGUUUGUUAAGCAAAGCGAGCUGGACUUGCCUCCUCGCCCGGAUGCUUGCUCGCUUGCUGACAGUGCUCCCGGCGCCGCCAACGCCGAGCGCCUCGCGAGCGCAGCGGGUGUGCGCGUGUGCGAGCAGACCGCGCCGGGGUGGGUCGGGCAGUGCGGCGCGAUCGAGCGGAGCUCCUUUGUCCGCUCCGAGGCGAUGGACAUCCCCGACGAGCUGCGUGGCGGCGCGCGGCUGCUGUGUGCCGCGCCACGCUCCCCAUGGGUCGGCCCCUCCCUCGGCCGGUCGUGCUAUCCGGACACGCGCGUUGGUGCCAUCGUUGGCGCCACUGUGAACGGCUAA